AUGGAGACUUGUGGAGAAGGAGCUUUUUCUUCUGGAGGACCUUCUACUCAACGUAAUUUUCCAUCAAUUGAUGAUGCUGAAGUUGUGGGCUUUGAGAAAGAUGCAGAAAUUAUAAUGAAGAAAUUGACCGGAGGAACAAAGGAGUUGCACGUCCUCUCAAUAUUUGGGAUGCCAGGACUUGGUAAAACAACUUUGGCCAUGAAAGUGUACAACAAUCCUUCUAUUGUUGGCCACUUUGAUGUUAAAGUAUGGUGUGCUGUGUCACAAUCAUAUAAUAGGAGGACGUUAUUGGUUGAGAUUUUCAAACAAGCUACAAAUUAUAAUAGUGAAAUCAAAGAGGAUGUUGACAUAGCUGAUAAGUUGCUGAAGGCUCUUAAAGGCAAGAGAUACCUCAUUGUGUUAGAUGAUACACGGGAAGUCGAGGCAUGGGAAGAUUUGGGUUUAUGUUUCCCUAAUGGUGAAUAUGGAAGUAGAGUAAUGGUAACCACUCGAAUUGAACGAGUGGCUACACAUCUUCAACAUUGUAGUGAACCUUAUUCUCUUAGAUUUCUAACUCCGGAAGAGAGUUGGGAGUUAUUGGAGAAGAAAGUAUUUCAAGGAGAGAGUUGUCCCCCGGAUCUACUGGAAGCAGGAUUACAAGUUGCCAAACAUUGCAAGGGAUUUCCUCUUGUGAUUGUCCUGAUUGCUGGAAUUAUUAUGCAAAUGGAAAGGCGUCCGUCCAUGUGGAUGGAAAUUGCAAAUGAUUUAAGUUCUUAUGUUUUAGGAGAGCAGAGUAUGAAGGUGAUACAGUCAAGUUAUGACCGUUUGGAAGACCACUUAAAGCCUUACCUUUUCUAUAUGGCAUUGUAUCCAGAAGACUGGAUGAUUCAAGUAUCGGAUUUGAUGAUGUUGUGGAUGGCUGAAGAGUUUGUACUGAAUGUCGACACAGAGAAUAUGGAGGAAGCAUCUAGAAUUUGCUUGAAUGAUCUACUUAACAGAAGCCUAGUAAUGGUUUCUCUCAGGGAUUAUGAUGGUGACGUAAUAUGCUGCAUACUUCAUGAUGUAGUGCGUGAGUUUUGCUUAAAAAAACUUACAGAAGAAAAGUUUAUGCAGCACACAGUGCCAUACAAUCCAUAUCAACAUUUGAAUUCCAUGGAACCACGGUUAGGCAUUUAUAUUCAUGAUGAUCUUGUUAAACAAUUAGAUCAUUAUGAAUAUCUGCUGGAUAAAAUUCCAAUGCUCCAGUCCAAUCUGGAAACAAAGUGCUUUGGUGAAUAUAUGCCCUAG